AGCUUAUAUCGGGAACUUCUGGUGCAGAAGUUAAAGGCGUUUGUAUAGAAGAAAUUCAGAGAAAAAUUGGAAAUCUGAAUUAAAAAAUAACGAAAUAACACUCAAUACAUAAGAAAAAUUAGUGAACUCGAACAAUAAUAAUACGAUCGAGUGCGACGCGGCGGACGGUGAAACGUUAAACAUGUCAAGUGAACCGGUACAAAAUAAUAUAAACUUUAAGGAGGUCGAAGAAUCGUUAGAAUUGUUCGAUGAUAUUGCACCAGAAGAGCUGGGGGCUGUGGGUGGUUCAGAACCCGCUCUCACUCUUUCAACUCAGUUGAAAGAGUCCGAAGAGCGGGAUAGGGCAGAAGAGCGUAUGCGAAGGUACUCUCUGUUAAUCGCUGAAUUAAGAGCAGAAGUGUCUUCUCUUACAGCUCAGAGGGACACACUCAUGCAGGCGCACGCUUCAACAAACAACUUGCCAACAUUUCCUCUGGGAAAUGUUGGCGAGUUCGAGAGGCUGGAGGCGCAUCUGCUUUUAUAUGAAGAAAUGAGGGAGAAAUUGAAACAAUCAUUUCUCCAAUUAGAAGUAGAUGACGCUGAAAGUUUUGUUCCGAAAGCGCUGCGGAGUGUGCUCCCAGAUGGUGUGGCCAGCCAUUUUACAUUGAGAGGGAGAGGCAUGAAAAGUGCCAUAGGACAGAGUCUCUUUAUUAAAACAAUAAGAGCAAGCACUUUUGUUACGCAGUUAAUCAGAAACGUUGAUUUGUGUAAAAUAAACUUGACCCGCUGGAUUAAUUUGAGUAAAAAAACUAAGCUUAUAUCGGGAACUUCUGGUGCAGAAGUUAAAGGCGUUUGUAUAGAAGAAAUUCAGAGAAAAAUUGGAAAUCUGAAUUAA